UGGCAACAUUGCUCCUUUAGUUUACUUAUUGAAUGGCACUGUCCAUUAAUUAUUAUUUUUAAGUUUUUAGUUUAUUCUCAUUAAAUUUAAUUAAGCAAAAUGAGAUACACUCUACUCUACACUGUGGGCUACGUUGCAACAGCCUCCUUGACCAUUUUACCCCUUUACUAUGUUUUAACUGGCAAAGGAGAACAAAUAAGCUUAGGCUGGUUUUUUGAAAAUGUAUCACCCUAUAUGUGGGCCUCUUUGGGCAUUGGCCUUGCUGUAGCCCUAUCAGUUGUUGGAGCUGCCAUUGGAAUUUACACAACAGGCUCCAGCAUAGUGGGUGCCGGUGUAAAAGCCCCGAGAAUCAAAACCAAAAAUUUAAUUUCAAUUAUUUUUUGUGAAGCUGUUGCAAUUUACGGUUUGAUUACUGCUAUAGUUUUGUCCAGCAAUUUCCAACGCUAUGAUCAGCUUGAAAUUACUGAGACAAUAAGAGAAAAGAAUUUCAUGGGUUCCCAUGUGAUUUUUGGAGCUGGAGUCAUUGUAGGGAUGGUGAAUUUGUUUUGCGGACUUUGCGUAGGGAUUGUAGGUUCUGGAGCUGCUAUUGCCGAUGCUGCCAACAAGACUUUGUUUGUGAAGAUUUUGAUUAUUGAGAUUUUCGGAAGUGCCAUUGGAUUGUUUGGAUUGAUUGUUGGAGUUUUCUUGACUUCCAAAGGUAGCAUGGGAGGUGCUGUUUAAAUACUUCUGCUACAAGAUGUUUUGAGGAGAGGUGUACAAUAAUUAUUUUGUUAAUUUUCUUUUAGUACAUUCCAGUAUUGAGGCCUAUAUAAAGUGAAUGUUCUCCAGUUAGGAUUGUUUGAAAACUUUAUUGUAAAUAAGAUUAGUGUAAUAUAUUGUAGAUUUACAUAAAAUAAAUUUCAAUCAAAUCCCU